UUGAUCUUGGGCGCCGCCUCAUUGGUUUGCAACUUUGCAUAAUUGCAUCCGCCGCCGCCGCCGCCUCCGCCUCCGCCUUAAACCCUAAACCAUGACCUCCCGCGCCGCCGCGAAGGCAGCCCUCCUCCUUCCGCUCCACCUCCUCUCUGCCGCCCUCGGCCCGCGCUUCUCCUGUACCUCCGCCGCCCCGCUCCGAUGGGCGCGCUCCGCGGCGGCGCUGCUCGCCGUCGCUUCGCUCCUCACCGCCAUCUGCGCUAUGCCCGACGCGGGUGCCAACGUUGAAGCCGACGCCGACGCCGACGCCGACGCCUUGCGGUUGGAGAUUGAAGCGCUCAGGCUAAAGGUCGCGCGGCUGGAAUCUUUACUAGAGGCAAAUGCGAAGACAUUGGACAGUAAGGUUAGUAUCUUGGAGGAGGACAACAAACUCAAUGAAGCAAUGGAACGUGAAAUCCAGCUUUUAAUGAAUGAACCAGACAGUACAAAGAACUCCCAAAGCAAAUCAUAUUCUGCUGGCAACAUCAAAUCUAUGGAAGAUGAGGUGCAACAACUUCAGCACGAGGUCAGUAAGAUAAACAGAAAUUCUUACGCCACUGCAUCAGUAGCACGUGAUACUGAGAAAAGGGUGGAAUCUCUGAGCUUGGAGGUCAAAAAAAUAGAGGAUAUGACUGCGGAACAAUGGAUCCAAAUUCGACAACUUGAACAAGCAUUUGUGUUAACUAAGAUGAUGACGUCAAAAGUUUUCGAGAGAAGUAAGCCAUCAGAUACAGUUUAUAAGUGGCCUGGAAAAGAAAUAAUUGUUAAGUAUGUCAGGAGUAUCAAACUUGAUGGUAUUUAUCUUAGAGGGGCAUCAUAUGCAAGGUCCUGCUUUUCACAUACAUAUAAACGGUCUAGAAGUUUUGUACAAGCAAUAAGCAGAUGCUACCAUGAGACUUCUCGGUUCCGCAAAGCAAUUUGUCGCCAGUAUAUAUCUGAUAUUAACAAGCCUGAUGUCUUCUUUUUGGGUGGUACCGUUUCAAAAUCAAGCAUUUCUCUUCCAUAUAACCAAUUCAAGAUUUUCAUCUCAUCAGCACAGAAGUUUCAUUAUAAGGCCCAAGUUUUUAUCAGUGAUGCGAUGGAAUCCAACAAAUAUAGCAGUGGUUUGUCGAACGAGCCAGUUACAUUUAUCUUGGCAUAUCUUCUUCUCAUUUCUCCAAUGUGGAUCGCUUGGUUCAUUUAUUCAACAUGGUUCAGCUCAAGGAAAUGACAACUUGUCGGAAAACAGGAGCUGUGCAGUCUUUUUUUUUCUUUGGGGGGGGGGGGGGGGGGUGUUCCAAAGGUAUAGAAGUACGAAAUAUGUGAAAUAUUUGCAAUCACCAGGAGGUUUCAGUAAUAUUUUGUAACUGUUUGUUGAAACAAAAUAUUUUGUAACUGUUCUCGAUAUAGAACUCAGUUAUCGUAUGUAAAUGUACGAUGGAUUAGGGGUGGGCAAAAUACAUGAACUUAUCGUGUGCA